AGUAAAAUAAUUCAAGUUGAAUAAACAAUAACGAAAAUUAAAUGUUCUUCUGAGUAUAAAAGGGAGUGGAAUCUACAAAUGAGGCACAGUUUACAAAACAAGUAAUUAAAAAUGAAACUUAUAUUGUGCGUCGCUCUCGCCGUAGUUUUACUACAGGUCACCAACGUUAAUGGACAAGGUCAACGACCAUGUUCGCGGGGACAACGACCACCAUACCCACCACAGGGUCAAUUCCCACAACAGGGACAAUUCCCACAACAGGGACAAUUCCCACAACAGGGACAAUUCCCACAACAGGGACAAUUCCCACAACAGGGACAAUUCCCACAACAGGGUCAAUUCCCACAACAGGGUCAAUUCCCACAACAAGGUCAAUUGCCACCACAAGGACAAUUUCCACCACAAGGACAAUUUCCACCACAAGGACAAUUCCCACCACAAGGACAAUUUCCACCACAGGGUCAAUUCCCACCACAAGGACAAUUCCCACCACAAGGACAAUUCCCACAACAAGGUUAAGCUCGACUAGUUUAUCCUCAAUAAUAAUAAAGACAACAUUUAUUUAC